AUGUCCCAGCUGCUCCAUGUGGAGAUCCCGAACUUCGGAGCCACAGUUCUGGGCUCCCUGAACGAGCAGCGCUUGCUGGGACACUACUGCGAUGUCUCCAUCCUCGUUAAAGGCCAGGCGUUCAAAGCCCACCGGGCCGUUUUGGCUGCCAGCAGCCUCUACUUCCGCGACCUCUUCAGCAGCUCCACCAAGACCCAGUUUGAGCUGCCCUCCUCCGUCACACCUGCUUGCUUUGAGCAGAUCCUCACUUUCUGCUACACAGGGAAGCUAACAAUGGCAGCUAGUGAACAGCUGGUGGUGAUGUACACAGCUGGCUACCUCCAGAUUCAGCAUAUAGUCGAACGAGGCAUGGACCUAAUGUUCAAGGCGAACUCCCCGCACUGUGACUCGCAGACAGCGGGGUCCUUAGAGGAGACGGGAUCUGAGCCGCAGAGUCCUUGUAAUAACGGGAACGCUGUGGCGACUCUUUUGGGGACCCACGGGUGGUCUCCGUCCAUGCUAAUGCCGCAGCGUAAGAUCAAACUAGAAAGUGGGGACCCCACGCCCCUGACGGUACCCUCGAUGCAUAGCAAGAUCUCGUCCUCGGAGUUGGGGAGCCGCCUUGCCAGGGCGAGUUCGCUCUUCUACACGACAGCGGGCGGAACCACAAUCCCCGGCGUCCCUCCUUACCACCUUCACGGGGCCAGCGGGGGCGGAGCUGGAGGAGGAGGAGGAGGAGGAGGAGGUGGAGGAGGAGGAGGAGUUGAAAGGUCCAGUCCUGGAGCGUCCAGCCUGCCGACCACUGACAGCCCUACUUCCUACCAGAACGAGGACGAGGAGUUUGAAGAAGAGCCGUACGAUGGGAUUACAGACGAUGCCUACAGUCAUCUGUAUGGACGCUCAGCCAACCCCUACGGGAUCCAGGACAAGUCUGAGAUGGCAGCGGUGCCCUUGCCCUUGGAGAACCGCAACUGUGUGCUGAUCCGCAGGGACCUGGUGGCUCUGCCUGCAAGCCUCAUCAGCCAGAUCGGCUACCGCUGCCACCCUAAGCUCUACUCUGAGGGGGACCCCGGGGAGAAGCUGGAGCUGGUAGCUGGUACACAGGUGUUCAUGACUCGAGGCCAGCUGAUGAACUGUCAUCUAUGUGCCGGAAUCAAACACAAAGUCUUGCUCCGCCGCCUGUUAGCCACGUUCUUUGAUAGAAACACUUUAGCCAAUAGCUGUGGGACUGGAAUCCGUUCUUCUACUAGUGACCCCAGUAGGAAACCCCUCGACAGCAGGGUCCUCAACGCUGUCAAACUCUACUGUCAAAAUUUCAACCCUAACUUCAAGGAGAGUGAAAUGAAUGUGAUCGCCGCCGACAUGUGCACAAACGCAAGGCGGGUACGCAAGCGGUGGCUGCCCAAGAUCAAGUCCAUGCUGCCAGACAGUAUGGAGGUGUACCGUGCAGGGAUGGGCAUGGGCACCGCGGCUGCUGUGGGUCUGGGCUUGGCGCUGGGAGCCCCUCAGGCAGGGUUGCCCCUCCCCUUUGAACCUGAUUUCAAGUCCUUAGAGCAGCGGUUGUACCCGGAGCGUAAGGACCCUCUCAGGACUCAUCAGCCGCUGAGGGAGGGCAGCCCCGGGUCUGGAGGAGCCGGAGGAGAAGCCGAAGGCGACGGGGAAGGAGUAAUCCACGAGGAGCAGGAGGAAGACGAGGAGGAUGCGGGGUUAGAGGGGGUAGACAGAUCACUGGGGGCGCCAUCUUUGAUCCCAGGAGCCGAGGCGGGCAGCUGUGGCGACACGCCGCCAGAGCAGGAGGUGGAAAGUUUUGGACAAGGCCUGAGGGUGAACGGACAGUGAAUGCCUCUCUCACGUUGUGAAAUCUGUUUAACACCGCUUUACUUUUUUCGCUUGCUCUCUUACUCUAACAUCUCGCCCACCACUCUUUCUCUUCUCCCCCUCGUGCUUCCUCAGCGGGAAUUUUUUCAGCACAAAAAGCAGCGCUCUUAGGUCUUAAUAUACAGGACAUUUUUGUCUCACAUGCAUGCGCACAUGUGUGUUCACACACGCACACUUGAUAGACGAACUACAACACCCGGCAGGAGAAGGUGACACAGGCAUGGCAUUCACACUGUGAGAAAAAAAAACAACACUUUCUGCUCCACCCUUUCUCUCCAUAUAUUCUGUGUUCACUCUGUAUUUCUGCACCCGAAAACCACGAAGGCCUGAUAGCAGUACAAAUGGGCUUGAAUGAUUCAUCCUUUCAAUUCAGUACAAAAAAAAAGCAGCAGCUGCUUCACGGGCAGUUUAUGGUGUGUGGCAUUAUGGUUUUUUAAAGCGAUUCAAUUUUCUUGGAAAGCUGCAUUUUAAAAUAACCUCUGUAACCUCGGGCAGAGCAGACCGGAGAAACUCUCGAGGGGGCAGUCGAUUUUCAAGCAUCCAGACCUCUUCUCAUCAUACGCUUGUACAUUAGCUAUGUAGACAUGUUUAACAACGAUACGAUUGUGACAUUAUAGAGGUCAUGUACUUUAUUAACACCAGAUAACAGAGCAAUUUCCCGUUCUGAUAAAUCUGCAUUUUUGUGGUUCAAAAAGAUUAGAAAAGUGUUUCCAAGAAUCUUAAAUACUUCACAAUCGAAACAAAUAAUCUAUCACAUGGCGUUGUUUUUUUCAUGCAUUUUCCACCGCGACAAAUCCAACUUAAUCAUCAAUGUGAUGCCUGUGUCUGCUCCAAACCGCCUCCUUUUAACUACCAAACAUACACACACACACACACACACACACACACACACACACACAUGUCCAAACAUUACUCACUUUAGGAUACUAGCCUUUAAUAUCUGCACCCAUGCAUUGAAAACACUCUUUCUGGAUCAAAAAAAAAAAGAGAAAAAGAAACAAUGCUUUUUACCUUUGAAAAUUAACUUCAGUCAUACAUCAUUCUGUCUUGGAGAUGCUGAGAGAGACAUGAGCAGCAACAUGCAUUAAACCCAAGCUUGCAUGCAUGAGAACAAACAGAGAAUUUAAGAAAACGACAACAAAGCCACAAACCUGCAGCGAAAUAAAAGACAACAGCUACUGUACCUCGAGUUAUGCCAUAAAUACGCAAAAAGGACUUUUCCCGCCAUUUUUCACCGGGAUGUGACAUCAGAACUGAGUCGGUGUGACUGUUUUUGAGAAUAAAUCACAGUUUCCUUUUUUUUUUUCUCAAACAGAGCAUGCUGUCGCCAUAAGUUAAGGAGGUUGAAUACAUGGUGUAGUAAGGAAGUGAAAGCGAGAAGCACUGUUUCAUCUUCAUGUGGUGACGUGGGACUACUUCCAGCUUUUAUUUUUUUUGUCUGUUUUUUUUUUUUCUCCCUGGGGGGUAAAUUAUUGAAUUAAACCUUAAGGAGCAAUUUCUGCUGGCUUGUUGCAUUCGCACUCUAAAAACAAAAAGGUUCAAAUGUGUGAAACUAAUGCAAAUGUGAUUGUCCUACGAGACUUAAACUGCUCUCUGCAUCACUGAUUAUUUAUUCGAUGGGGGAGGGGGUGGAUUUGCAAGGAGAAGACUGGUCUUUCAGACGAUAAAUGUUCCUAUUUUUUUGUAAAGGGAGCGGGGGCGGAGUGAGUCUUAACAGGGACUUAAAACCUGUAUCUUCUCUUUUGAUAUCUGUUUUCAUGCUUUCUGCCUUCUGUUGUUGUUUUGUGCGUUGAUUCUUGGAGAAACACUGUCGUACCUUUUUAAUCGGGGGGGGGGUUCUGAUCAGUGUGGAAACUCAUUUAAUCAUGUUUAGAUAAAAGACUGACCCCCAUUUUAUUUUAAAUCCACAAACUUUUAAAAAGUCAAAUGUAUCUAUUUAUUUCCCCCACUGCAAAAUUUAGAAGCUACAACCGAGAAAGCAAACCGAUCUUGAAUUAUCUCUUUUUGUUUGCGCGUCAGUGCUGUGCAACUGGAAAGUUUGGGUCGGCUCUUUCUCAGCCUGAGAAGCUUUAAGAAGGCCCUGCACAAGAAACACAGAGUUAUAAUUGCACUAGGUAAUAAUUAAAACGUUGACAGUAUCUUUUUUUUGUUUUCCCUUUGGAGGAGAUGUGGUCGUCUGUCCUAGAUGAAACAGGGCUGUGACAGAGUGGCUGAGCUGAUGAGUGAAUGUAAACUGUAGCACUGCUUGGACGAGGAAACUGAGUCACCAUCGAAAAAAACGCUCGAAAACUUUUGAUACGACACGUUUUUUUUUUUUUCCAGAAUUGUAUAUUCUUAAAAACGGGCCAGAUUAUAACAUUAAUUUGACUGUGAUUUUUUUCUAAAGCGCUGUGAACAAGUCUUCCAAUGUGGAGAACAACAGGGUCAAUCUCCCUGAUUUACAGAAAACUGAGCGAGACUCUGUAUAUAAAUAUAGAUCUUUAUAUGUGUGUGUAUAUACUAAAAGAUUUGGAAAGUCA